AUGUCUCGCUUUGAGUACACAACCUUGGCCGACCCGGCUGGCGAGGUGCGUCUGUUGAGGUUACACGACUCUCCAACAGAAUACGACCUUGGCGUCUUCCCUCUCAACGAAUCAUGUCCCCAUUUCGCCGCAAUUUCGUAUACUUGGGGAGACUCCCGCUCAGCGGAGCCAAUUCGCAUCAAUGGGCGCUCAUUUCUUGUUCGGAAAGCGGCGUGGGAUCUGCUUAAAGAGCUCCCGUCCUUGGACAUGGACUGCGAUCCUCGACUAGAGUUCGUGUGGAUUGAUUCGAUAUGCAUCAACCAAAGCAACACUGCCGAGAGAAAUCACCAAGUCAAACUCAUGCGAAAGAUCUAUUCGUCAGCGACGGUGGUUCUUGUCUGGCUUGGUAGGCCAACUGCAAAAUCCGACCUCGCCAUGGACAGCUUAGCAUCCCUCACCCACCAAGUUUUAGGCAAGUCGACCAAGAAAACGUCGCGGGUUCUAUCUGAAUCAAGAGUUCUUUACGGCCAAACCCCAAAUAAGAUUGGUUACUCCUAUCAAGGGGAUCCCGGUGCUCUACGAAUGGUCCUUGACGCAAAGAUUGGCGACGCAAUCUUCAGCCUCUUCAGCCGGGUAUACUGGAGGAGAAUUUGGAUCAUCCAAGAAGUGCUGCUGGCGAAAGAAAUAAGAAUAGUCUGCGGCCCAAGAUGUAUGAACUGGAACAAGCUGAAUAGCUUCUUCGGUGGCAUGGAGUUCUCCAUGCUCCAGUCAGGAAGCCAGUUCCACGGAUCUCAACGGGCUUCAAAAAUAAUGAACGCGCCAGGGUAUAUCCUGGUCAAGGAAAAGGCGUUCCUUGAGACUAACCCGCAACUCAAGAACCAAGGCGCCCCGAUCUCCGACUUACUACUGUCAUUCGGCAACUUCGAAUGCAGAGACAGGCGCGACAAAGUCUACGGCAUGCUCGGACUCUCAAGCGAUGUCGUCGACGUUAACUAUGCAAAAUCAGUCCAGCACAUUUACAACGACGUUAUUCGUCGUAUUGUCAGGGGAGGUCAAAUGGAUACCAUCUCGAAAGCAGAAUACUUCGGCAGACGGCUGGCCGCUACGCUCGGAAUCCGUAUGGAUGAUCGGCAGCUUAUCAGAACAGACAGUCUAUUCAUCUGCCCUCCAAGACUACUGACUUGGGCGGAUGAACGUCCCUUUUGGGAGAACGAUCCAGCGAGGGUACUCCCCAGGCCAUAUUACAACCACGCAAUCAACAUAUUGUCGUUAUCAAUGACGCCGUCGCGCCUCAGACCCCAAAUUUCGCAAGGAGCCACUCCCAGUACCGAAGAUAGCUCACAGGCAUCCCAGUCUCUUCUUGCUGCUGGCCAAAUAUCAUCACAGGCAGUCGUGGCUGUCGCUCCCCCAUUUGUACAGCCAACUGACUUGAGUUCUCUAUUGGUCGGAUAUGAUGAGCCUGAUGAGGAGUCUCACUUUAUCUUACCAAGCUACAGCGAUGCAUCAAGCUUUUGGGUUGAAGAAAUGGAGUCAGUGGAGCCACCGACUUACGCCGAGUCGUGGUUAGAGUCUCGAAGAGCCUAUGCUUCCGACCUCCUAGCUCCCGAUACUCCACCCAGGUGCAAAGACGACUCGGAGGUACCAAUCGCUUCCAGCAGCUCUGUUGAUUAUCUAUCACACGAGUGGUCCGAUAAGGAUGUUGGUCCAUCCUGGAAGGCAGUCAGCUCGAUGAAAUCGCUCAACAACAAGGAUCGUCUGGAGAAUGUCAUCUGGAGAGCAUGGACAAAGUUCAAGAACAACUUGUCAACAAUAUCGCCAGAGGAACUGAACUGGCUCAAGGAUUGCGACGUCACCUGGCUCUACGGGCCUCUCUAUCCAGACUCUCAAUCUCGCCCUACCAAUUGGCAACCCGAUGAGAAGUCCAUUCUGAGACGACGCCGGGCAUUCGAUUCUGAAUUCUCAUCCCGAGGGAAGGAUCGGACCGGCCUCAAAGUUCGCAUUCAGGAAGAGGUGGAAGUCAUUGGGUAUGACGGUGGUCUCGGUUAUUUCGAGGACGAAGACGGCCAUGACACCGCAACUGAGCAGUAUACAGAUGCCGCCUUAUACAUCCUUUCGCGCAAUGCAUCUAUUGAGAGCUUAAGCAAAAAGAAGCAUUCUCCAAACACCACCACCGAGACCAAGGGUCACAGCACCAUCCGCAGCGCAGCAUCACCAACCGCAGCAACAUGGCCCGAACUCGAGCAAACCGCCACCAUCGACGCCGUCGAGAUCAUCGAGACCGAGCAAGGCCACGUUCCUACUAACGAACCGCCUGCCCAAGUCUACGGACCGCCUCCUCGGGUCUACGGACCACCUCCCCAGGUCUACCGACCCCCUCCUCAGGUCUGCGGACCGCCUUUUCUCCCCGCCUACGGGCCUCCUCCUCCCUGGGUCUAUGGGCAGCCUGCCCAGGCCUACGUGCUGCCCCAUCUCCAUUCUCACGGGACACCUCUUUUCCGGGCCCCCAGGCCGCCUAUUCCCCAGGCCUACAUACCCCUAGCCACUCCUUGCGCCCCCUUGUCGAGGGUUGACAGGGCGCUCCAAGAGUUGAGGGACCGUGAUGGCGGGCCUGUUUACCUCACAUUGACUGAGAAGGAGCUACAGGAAGUCAUUGAACGUGCACCUAAAGGUGUCAAUUGUAUAUCGUGGCCCGAUGUGAAAAGGCCCAAGAUUCAGGCUCCCGAGAAAAGGAACAACGAGAUGUUGGAAUUGUGCCGAAAGGCCGGGGAACCCGGAGAAGGUUGA